AGACGCUAAGCUAACGGAGCUACUAGCGAAUGUGUGUAGCAGCACUAGGUUGCGGCGUUUUGCCAAGUUGCCAACCUGCCUUUACGAUGAACCAGACUCCCUCUUGACCUGUUAAACUUGUUUCCAGGAUAAUUUUACAAAUCAACUUGUAGACGGCGUCUCUGAACUACUAAAGAGUUGCUCUGUGUAUCAACAAGCAAGUGAGUGAUCGAGUGGCAUGCUGGACGUGGGGAAGUGGCCAGUGUUUGCCCUCCUCCCGCCUGAGGAACUCCGCCUCAUCCGGCAGGCGUGCGUUUUUGGUAGCGGCGGCAACGAAGCCCUUUAUGUCACCGUCAAUGACGAGGUCUUCGGUCUAGGCACCAACUGUAGCAGCUGCUUGGGCCUCGGUGACCUGCAGAGCACCAUCGAGCCGCGCAGGAUCGAUGUCCUCUGCGGCAAGAAGAUUGUGUCGCUUAGCUACGGAACCGGACCGCACGUGGUGGUCGCCACUUCGGAUGGCGAGGUGUACGCAUGGGGCCACAACGGCUACAGUCAGCUGGGCAACGGGACCAUCAACAACGGGCUGACCCCCGCCCUGGUUUCCACCAACCUGCAGAACAAGAAGGUUAUCGAAGUGGCCUGUGGCUCCCACCACACCAUUGCCCUUACCACAGAAGGAGAGGUGUACGCCUGGGGCUACAACAACUCGGGCCAGGUGGGAUCAGGGUCCACCGCCAACCAACCCUCGCCGCGCCGGGUCAGCAGUUGCCUGCAGAGCAAAGUGGUGGUCAACAUCGCCUGUGGGCAACUGUGCUCCAUGGCUGUGCUGGACAACGGCGAGAUCUAUGCUUGGGGCUACAACUGCAACGGUCAGUUGGGUUUGGGCAAUACCGGCAACCAGCAGACGCCGUGCAGGGUGGCGGCUCUUCAGGGAAUCAAGGUCGUCCAGGUGGCUUGCGGCUACGCGCACACGCUGGCGCUCUCCGACGAUGGCUUUGUUUACAGCUGGGGGGCCAACUCGUACGGCCAGCUGGGCACGGGCAACAAGAACAAUUACUCUCUCGCCACGCUCAUCAGCACUGACAAGGAGAGCAUCGUGGAAGUGGCCGCAUGCCACACCAGUCACACGUCUGCUGCCAAGACGCAGAGCGGUCAGGUGCUGAUGUGGGGCCAGUGUCGUGGUCAGGUGGUGACCAACCCGCACCUCACGUACUUCACCUGCACCGACGACGUUUUUGCCUGCUUUGCCACGCCCGCCGGCUCGUGGCACCUUCUCACCGUCGACAGUGAAGACUACCUGACGGUGGCACAAUCGCUCAAAAAAGAGUUUGACAGCCCCGAGAUCUCAGAUCUGAAGUUCCGAGUGGACGGAAAGUGCAUCCAUGUGCACAAAGCCCUACUAAAAAUAAGGUGUGAAUAUUUCCGUGUGCUGCUGAACGAAACGGAUGAGGACACCAUUGAAAUCCAGCAGUUCCCCUUCCUGGUGUACCGAGCCUUCCUGGAGUACCUCUACACCGAUUCCAUAAAUCUGCCACCAGAGGACGCUGUGGGCCUGCUGGACCUGGCCACCUUCUACCGGGAGAGCAGGCUCAAGAGGCUGUGCCAGGACACCAUCAAGAGGGGCAUCUCGGAGGACAACGCCAUCACUCUGCUCUCGGCUGCCGUCAAGUACGAAGCCCGGGACCUGGAGGAGUUCUGUUUCAAGUUCUGCGUCAACCACCUGACAUCGGUCACACAGACGCAGGCCUUCGCCGAGAUGGACCACGAUCUGCUCAAAAACUUUAUCGGCAAAGCCAGCCGCCACGGGGCCUUCAAAAACUGACAGAGAAAAAAAAAAAAAUCCUCUCCGCCCUUACUUGUGAUAACGUCGCUACCGUUCAAUGUUUAGGAGUCCAACACACCCUAAGGUAAAUGAAGCCCUAUCGGUUUUUUUUCAACGUUGAAGACCACAAAGACCAAAGGUUCCGCUUGUUUCGUUAUCUUUUUUCUUCACUAUGAUUGCGUUCUUCUGGGUGGUAGAAAACGAUGACAAGAACUUCCCCUUCGUGGUAUUGUUUACAGCUUUUUGUGGCGUAAUGUACGCCACCUGUAGUUUUGGGGGUAUGCAGGCUUAAAAAAAAAAACGAUCACCUGCUAGGACUGCAAAUGUUACUGGACAUUUACACUUUUAUACCAGUUGCACUAUGUUACAUUAUGUAAUCUGUAUUUAAAAACAGGAAACAUAGCAAACACUCAAACUUGUCUUGUCUUCUUGGUAGCUAGAGUGAGGUAGAACAAUGCACAAUACGCUGUAGCGACCCCCCAAAG